UAGAUGAAAUUCCAACCUCAGGCUCCAUUGCUGUAUGUGAAGGGUAGCACACUCUUGUCUAGUCUGGGACUAUAUCAGAAUCAGUUCCUUAUGCAGCUUAAACUCUGUAUUUCCUUCUUGAAGGUACUAUGAUAAACCAUGUUCAUGAAUUCAAGCAACAUUUUCUUCUUUAGGAGGUGGAAUACAAGAGUACCAAUUCUGCAAGGUGAUCCUUGAUUUUUCCAUCUUGCUCCCCAUAACAAGUAUUGUUUUAUACCCUCUGCAGACUAUCAGGUACUGAUGGAUGUUUCUGACAGCCCUGAGCGAAAUCCCUGCUCUCCUGAUGAAGAGGACCAGCAGCAUUCCAAUGAUGAAGUCCUGAAGGAGAGUUAUUCAGAUCGGGAACUCGAUGGAGAGGGUGGGCAAGGCAGCAUUAUGGGAGAGGAGGAGGAUGCAGCCAGGGGACUGAGUCGUGGUGAAGUGGAGAACCACUCAGAUGAAGAGGACCUCUUAAGUGAAACUAAGUCUCAGGAAUCUGACAACAACAAGCAGAGUGGGGAGCUGAAGAGCCCUCUGCCUUGCAAAGGAGAGGAGGAAGAUCAGACAAAUGACCUUGGUGAUGAAGCAUCCUCUGUCACCCGUGAACUAGAUGAACAUGAGUUGGACUAUGACGAGGAAGUUCUUGAAGAACCAAGUGCUGCUGCUGUAGAGGAGGAUGGUGAGAAAGCUGCUGGUGAGGAUGACAAGGAAGAGGAGAAAGGAGAUGAUGCCCAUGAAGAUGAGAAAAAAUCCAGCAGCAAAAGUGAUGAUGGAAAGGAUGGCCAGGAUCCCCUCAAGGAGAAGAAGAAAGAUGAUGAUGGAGAAAUUGAUGAUGGAGAAAUUGAUGAUGAUGACUUAGAAGAAGGAGAAGUUAAAGACCCCAGUGACAGAAAAGUGAGGCCACGUCCCACCUGCCGAUUCUUCAUGAAAGGUCACUGUACUUGGGGCAUGAACUGUCGAUUUAUUCACCCUGGUGUGAAUGACAAAGGAAACUACUCCUUGAUCUCCAAGCCUGAGCCCUUCUCCCCAAAUGGUGCUCCUCCCAUUGGCCCUCACCCACUGAUGCCAGCCAACCCUUGGGGAGGGCCAGUCGUUGAUGAAAUCUUACCUCCACCCCCCCCAGAACCUCCAACAGAAAGUGCCUGGGAGAGAGGACUCCGGCAUGCUAAAGAGGUAUUAAAAAAGGCGACUAUCAGAAAAGAACAGGAGCCUGACUUUGAGGAGAAGAGGUUCACUGUUACUAUUGGAGAAGACGAACGUGAAUUUGACAAAGAAAACGAGUUCUUCCACGACUGGAAUUACUGCAUCACCAGAGACGUCAGAGAUCCAGCGCUUGAUCCCUAUACAGAUUCCUAUUAUGACUAUGAAAUAGAACGGUUCCGGCGUGGUGGGCAGUAUGAGAAUUUCAGGAUUCAGUAUGCAGACCCAGAUCCAUAUCGUAACCACAGAGAAAGAGAGCGGGAACGGGAGAGAGAGAACAGACAACGAGAAAGGGAACGUGAGAGGGAACGGGAGAGGCGUCAGCGGGAGCGAGAACGGGAAAGGGAACGGGAGCGCGACAAGGAGCGCCAGCGGCGGAAAGAAGAGUGGGAACGGGAGCGAGAACGGGUGAAGAGAGAUGAAAAAGACAGGCAGCACAGGGACCGGGACAGGGACCGGGAAAAGGAGAAAGAAAAAACAAAGCCCCGGUCCUUACUGAUACCUAGGUAAGCACUUGCUGGAUUU